AUGCUGUCUGUGUUGGGACUCUCCAUCUCAGCCACGGAGCUCCUCCUGGCCUCUGCCAUCUUCUGUCUGACAUUCUGGGUGGUCAAGGCCUGGAGGCCACGGGUUCCUAAAGGCCUAAGCAGUCCCCCAGGGCCCUGGGGCUGGCCCCUGAUUGGGAAUGUGCUGACCUUGGGGAAGAACCCGCACCUGGCAAUGACCCGACUGAGUCAGCGGUAUGGGGACGUAAUGCAGGUGCGCAUUGGCCAGACACCUGUGCUGGUGCUGAGUGGCCUGGACACCAUCCGGCAGGCCCUGGUGCGGCAGGCCGAUGACUUCAAGGGCCGACCUGACCUCUACAGCUUCACCCUUAUCAUUGAUGGUCAGAGCAUGACCUUUAACCCUGACUCUGGACCAGUGUGGGCUGCCCGCCGGCGUCUAGCCCAGAAUGCCCUGAAGAGUUUCUCCCUGGCUUCAGACCCAGCUUCUUCAUCCUCCUGCUACCUGGAGGAACACGUGACCAAGGAAGCUGAGUACCUCAUCAACAAGUUCCAGGAGCAGAUGACAGAGGUUGGGCACUUUGACCCCUACAGAUAUGUGGUGGUAUCAGUGGCCAACGUCAUCUCUGCCAUAUGCUUUGGCCGGCGCUAUGACCAUGACCACCAAGAGCUGCUUAGCUUAAUCAACUUGAAUAAUGAAUUUGGGGAUGUGGUCGCCUCUGGGAACCCUAUUGACUUCAUCCCCAUCCUUCGAUACCUGCCUAACUCCACCCUGGAUACCUUCAAGGACCUAAAUGAAAAGCUCUACAAUUUCAUGCAGAAGUUAGUCAAGGAACACUACAAAACGUUUGAAAAGGGCCACAUCCGAGACAUCACAGACAGCCUAAUUGAGCACUGUCAGGACAAGAGUCUGGAUGAAAAUGCAAAUAUCCAGCUGUCAGAUAAGAAGAUCGUCAGUGUUGUCAUGGACCUCUUUGGAGCUGGAUUUGACACAGUCACAACUGCCCUCUCUUGGAGCCUCAUGUACCUGGUCACGAACCCCAGGGUGCAAAGAAAGAUCCAGGAGGAACUGGACACAGUGAUUGGCAGGGCACGGCAGCCCCGACUCUCCGACAGGCUCCAGCUCCUCUAUCUGGAUGCCUUUAUCCUGGAGACCUUUCGACACUCAUCUUUCGUCCCCUUCACCAUCCCCCACAGUACCACAAGAGACACAAGUCUGAAUGGCUUUUACAUCCCCAAGGGACGAUGUGUCUUUGUGAACCAGUGGCAGGUCAACCACAACCCGAAGCUGUGGGGUGACCCAUCUGAGUUCCGGCCUGAAAGGUUUCUCACCACUGAAGGCACCAUCAACAAGACCCUGAGUGAGAAGGUGAUUAUCUUUGGCCUGGGCAAGCGAAAGUGCAUCGGGGAGACCAUUGCCCGCUCUGAGGUCUUUCUCUUCCUGGCCAUCCUGUUGCAACAGGUAGAGUUCAGCGUGCCACUGGGUAUGAAGGUGGACAUGACCCCCAUCUAUGGGCUGACUAUAAAGCAUGCUCGCUGUGAACACUUCCAGGCGCGGCUGCGCUCUUAG